UGUGAUAAUACUAAAAUUGAGCUAUGAAGCGGUGUCGUAAACUCAUGAUAGCGAGGGAUUAACAACAACGACGACGACGACAACAUGGUACACAGUGCCUACGAUUCCUUCCAGCUCCUCAGCAAUUGCCCCACCAAAAUCGAUGCCGUCGAAUCGUACGGCUCAAAGCUACUCCUCGGCUGCUCCGAUGGAUCCCUUAAAAUCUACGCCCCAGACCCCUCCAGCUCCGACCGCUCUCCACCGUCCGAUUACCUCCCUCAGGCCCAAGAUCUGCGCAGGGAGCCGUACGUACUGGAGAGAAACGUGGCUGGGUUCUCGAGAAGGCCUCUAAUCUCAAUGGAAGUGUUGGAGUCUAGAGAGCUCCUUCUAUCGCUCUCGGAAUCGAUCGCUUUCCAUAGACUCCCAAGUUUGGAGACCAACGCUGUGAUCACCAAAGCCAAGGGCGCCAAUGUGUAUUCUUGGGACGAUCGGAGAGGCUUUUUGUGCUUCGCGAGGCAAAAGAAAGUCUGUAUUUUCAGACAUGACGGGGGUCGGGGAUUUGUGGACAUGAAAGAAUAUGGUGUUCCAGAUGUGGUGAAGUCAAUGUCUUGGUGUGGUGAGAAUAUAUGUUUGGGUAUCAGAAAAGAAUACAUGAUACUGAAUGCUACAAACGGCGCGUUGUCUGAAGUAUUUCCUUCUGGGAGGCUAGCCCCGCCUUUAGUGAUUUCUCUUCCUUCAGGGGAGCUUCUUCUUGGGAAGGAGAACAUUGGUGUCUUUGUGGACCAAAAUGGAAAGCUUCUUCAUGAAGGUAGGAUUUGUUGGUCAGAGGCCCCUGCACAAGUUGUCAUUCAGAACCCAUACGGAAUAGCUUUAUUACCAAGAUAUGUUGAGAUUCGGUCUCUUCGAGAUCCUUAUCCACUCAUACAGACUGUUGUUCUCAGAAAUGCUCGUCAUCUUCACCAAAGCAACAAUGCUGUAAUUGUUGCACUGGAUAAUUCUGUUUAUGGGCUCUUCCCAGUUCCUGUUGGUGCACAGAUUGUACAAUUAACGGCAUCUGGCAAUUUUGAUGAAGCUUUGGCCUUGUGUAAGCUGCUUCCACCAGAAGAUGCAAGCCAUAGAGCUGCAAAGGAGGGUUCAAUUCAUAUAAGAUAUGCUCACUACCUCUUUGAUAAUGGAAGCUAUGAGGAAGCCAUGGAGCAUUUUUUGGCAUCUCAAAUAGAUAUAACCUAUGUACUUUCUUUGUAUCCAUCUAUUAUCCUUCCUAAAACAACUCUAAUUCCUGAGCCAGAGAAGCUUAUGGACAUCUCUUUGGAUGCUUCAUAUCUCUCAAGAGCUUCAUCUGGUUUAUCAGAUGAUAUGGAAAUCUCAUCACCAUUACCACAGCUUUUGGAAUCUGAUGAGAAUGCAGCACUUGAGUCAAAGAAAAUGAGCCAUAAUACUCUCAUGGCUCUUAUUAAGUUUUUACAGAAGAAGAGAUACAGUGUAAUUGAAAAGGCCACUGCAGAGGGAACAGAAGAGGUGGUUUUAGAUGUUGUUGGAGAUAAUUUUGCCUCAUUUGACUCUAGUAGGUUCAAGAAAUCAACCAAGGGGCGUGGCCAUAUUUCCAUUGGCUCUGGUGCUCGGGAAAUGGCAGCAAUACUUGACACAGCACUACUCCAAGCUCUGCUUCUGACCAGACAGUCUUCAGCAGUUUUAGACUUACUGAAAGGUCUCAAUUACUGUGAUAUGAAAAUAUGUGAGGAAAUUCUUCUGAAAGGGAAUCAUUAUGCUGCUUUGUUAGAACUUUACAAGUGCAAUUCAAUGCACCGUGAAGCUCUUAAACUUCUUUAUCAAUUGAUAGAAGAGUCAAAAUCAAACCAAUCAAUAGCUGAACUUACCCAAAAGUUUAAGCCUGAGUCAAUUAUUGAAUAUCUCAAGCCUCUGUGUGGGACUGAUCCCAUGCUUGUUCUGGAGUGCUCAAUGCUUGUUCUUGAAAGCUGUCCAACCCAAACUAUUGAGUUGUAUUUGUCUGGAAAUAUUCCAGCGGAUUUGGUCAACUCUUAUUUGAAGCAACGUGCUCCAAGCAUGCAGGCCAAGUACUUAGAACUCAUGCUUGCAAUGAAUGAGAAUGGGAUCUCAGGAAAUCUGCAGAACGAAAUGGUGCAAAUAUAUCUCUCGGAAGUACUUGAUUGGUAUGCAGAUUUAAGUGCUCAAGAACAAUGGGAUGAGAAAGCAUAUUCCUCAACAAGGAAGAAGUUGUUGUCUGCUUUAGAGAGUAUCUCUGGAUAUAACCCAGAGGCUUUGUUGAAACGGCUUCCUCCAGAAGCUUUAUAUGAAGAGCGUGCACUAUUGUUGGGUAAAAUGAACCAACAUGAGCUUGCCUUAUCUCUUUAUGUUCAUAAGCUUCAUGUUCCUGAGCUGGCGCUGGCUUAUUGUGAUCGGGUAUAUGAGUCUGUAGUUCAUCAACCAUCUGUAAAAUCUUCUGGCAAUAUAUACCUCACUCUUCUGCAAAUUUAUCUGAAUCCUCGGAGGACAACCAAGAACUUUGAAAAGCGAAUUACAAAUAUAGUAUCACCUCUGAAUACAAGCAUUCCAAAGGUUGUUCCAGGGACUUCAGUUAAAGCUAAAGUAGGGCGUGGAAAUAAGAAAAUUGCUUCUAUAGAGGGUGCAGAGGACAUGCGAGUCAGUCAGAGCAGUACCGACAGUAGUAGGAGUGAUGGUGAUGUGGAUGAAUCUAGUGAGGAAGGAGGUUCUGCUAUUAUGCUUGAUGAGAUCCUUGAUUUGUUGAGCCGAAGGUGGGAUAGACUAAAUGGAGCUCAAGCACUCAAACUUUUACCAAGGGAAACCAAACUACAGAACUUGCUUCCAUUUCUUGGACCUCUUCUGCGAAAAUCCAGUGAAGCAUACAGAAAUCUUUCAGUAAUCAAAAGUUUGAGACAGAGUGAGAACCUGCAGGUGAAGGAUGAGCUCUACAACCAAAGGAAGACGGUGGUGAAGAUCACCGGUGAUAGUUUGUGCUCUCUUUGCAAUAAGAAGAUAGGGACAAGCGUUUUUGCAGUCUACCCCAAUGGGAAGACACUUGUGCACUUUGUUUGCUUUAGAGAUUCGCAGAGUAUGAAAGCCGUGGCCAAAAGCUCCCCGCUAAGGAGGCGAUGAUAUUUGGUAAUCAUAGUGGAUGAAAGAAGUCUGUACUCAAAAUUAGCAAAUGAUGAUUUUUUUCGUCAAAUUCUGUAAAUACAGUUGCAGAAGGAAUGUAAAAAUCUGUGCCUCUGCUUUGAAGUGUAAAACUACCACAUAAAUAUGAAAAUGAGAGCGUAUUGGUUUGUAAUUAGUCUAAGGAUCAUUCUGUGUUGAUUUGUAGAUUGUGUGAAUGUGAGAUGAGAAGUUUUAAGGCU